UGUGGAGCGCAGGAACCCCCCCCCUUCCAAAAUGUACUUUCAUUUUCAGUUUUAAUGCUGACUAAUUGUGGCGUCUUCCCGUAGCGUUGAAUUUCAACGAAUUGUGAGGAUUACAAUACUCACAUUUCUUGCAGCUCACCUAAGCUUUAAACAUAUUUGACUUAAUUUCAACUUUAGAAGCAUGGCCGCUAUGGAUAUUUGCACCGAGUCGAAGCAGAAGGUGGACGACUUCUCCAAGAAAGUCACCAAAGAGGCAGAAGAACUAGUCUCAGCAUUUUUUCCUCAGAAGAUUGAAGAGCUGCAAGUCCUCUUGAAGACCUCGUUUGAGUGUGAUGAGCUGGCUUCCCUGGAGGCACCGCUAGACAUUCCCAUCCCGAACCCUGAGAAGGACGAGGCCAAACACAAGAAGAAUGAGCAAGAGGAAAGGGAGAAAGAGGGGAAGAAAAACAAGAAAGAGGAGGAGGAGGAAGAUUCAGUGCCUCCUUGUGGUCCUGUCUGCUGCAAUGGGCGAAUUGAAACACUCCUGAAGGAGGUCAAACCUCAGAUCCAGACACUGAAGGAGAAGAUCAACACGGUGACCAUGUGGAUACAACUUCAGAUUCCCCAAAUUGAGGACGGUGACAACUUUGGAGUUGCAGUGCAGGAAAAAGUGUUUGAGAUGUUGACAAACUCACGCACUAAGAUUGAGGGAUUCCAGACUCAGGUUUCCAAUGGAUUUUUUAGGGGACCAUAUCUUCACGAAGCAGUCAUUAGCUGGACAUUGUUUACCAAUAUCCUGCAAACUAUGAGAUAUUACAGUGAGAGAGGUGAUGCAGUUGGGAAAGCGUCUAAAACGCCUCAUGUGGGGGACUACCGAGAACUGGUUCACGAGCUGGACGAGACUGAAUUCUUCGAGCUUCGCUUCAUUGUCAUGGACAUAUCCGCCACAUAUGCCACACUCCAUGACAUCAUCAGCAAGAAUUACGCCAAGAUCAAGAGGCCCCGUGGUGAUUGUAAAGCUCUCAUCUACUGAAGUGUUGGAGCCCACCAUUUGCCUGAAUGAGACAAAGUGGGAGCUCUAUGACAAGUUUAAGUAGAGAUGUGACAUAUGCCAUUGAUUGGAGAACAUAGUUAAAUAAAAUGAACAUUUCUUCCA